AUGGAUUCUGUUACUAGUUUCUUAUGGAACGAAGCUGCAAAAAAUGAUUUCCUCAAUGAUCUAAUUACAGAAGAAAGUGUUUAUGCUAAGGACCCUAAUAAGCCUAAAGGGCUGGGUGAACAACAUGGAGACAGCAGUAAAAAUACAGAUAGUCCUUCACAAAAGGAUUCAGAUGAGGUUUUUGAUAAUAAAUCUAAAAAAGUAACAUUUUCGUCAGGUUCAAGUAUACAACAAAUGAUGGCCGACGUUUUGGUUGAAAAUCUGUUGAAGAUAGCAAUUCCUCCCUCUUCUGAAAUGGGAUCAACUAACCUGGAUAAAAGAAUGCAAAUGAUUAAGGACAGGCCUAGAUUAUCUGCUCCAUUAAUGACAGCCAACUUCAUUCAAACAAAUGCACGAUUAAGUUUCCCCUUUAACUUAACCAAUGAAUUUUUAAAUAUAUUUAGUUGGACGAACCCAGCAUAUACCCUUUCUAUUACACUACUAUAUUCAUUUAUUAUCUUGAAACCCUUACCAACGAUCACAUUGUUGCCGAUGUUGUACAUUCUCUGUGCGGUGAUGACACCUCAAUAUUUAUAUAUGCAUAAACCAGAGACUACUCCUCUAUUGGAUUACAACCCAACACCAGCACAAGGUCCUCCUUUAAGAAAAGCUGUUGUUCCUGUACCAGCUCCUCAUUUAAGUCAGGAAUUCCUAAUUAACAUGACAGAUUUACAAAACCACAUGUUAUUAUAUGUGGAAGUAUAUGAUUUCAUUGCAUCAAUAAUUGGAAGUUUUGCAUUUUUCACUAAUGAAGUUGUGUCUUCUUUUAUUUAUAUUUUGUUGAUUGGUAUAAUUAUCCUAAAUUGCUUUUUCACUGAUGUUCUACUCCAGUUUAUACCAUUUAAACAGCUGUUCCUUAUUUUUGGAUGGAUAAUUAUUCUACUUUGUCAUCCAUCCAAUCGUGAUUAUUUUCUAAAAGUUAUUAAUUCUGAAGAGAUCCGAUUGAAGCUCCUAACGGUCACAAAUAAAGUCGAGGAUGAGCUGCAUGAGGAACUCAAGUUGGUCGAAGCAAGAGAAAAAAGGCAAGUGGUUAUAUUUGAAAUACAAAAACUUUCAGAUGAAGGUGAAUGGAUUACAUUGGGCUUUUCAAAUGAUGCAUAUACAUUAUUUUCCGAUAUAAGAAUAAAAGAAGCACAUAUUGAGGAUCAUUGUGUUAGUGAUAUUGAUGACAUUGAACCACCACAUGACUGGACAUGGUACGGUGAGAAUAAUUGGGUACUUGAUUUAGAUCCACUAAAGUGGGUUGAACAGGAACUUAUUCAACUUGUAGAAAUUGAUACUAGCACAAAAUGGGUAUAUGAUAUCGAUUUAGAAGGCAACCGAGGCGAAUAUAGAAGGAGAAUGUGGAUCAACGUGUGUCUAAGAAAAAUAUAUGAUUCAGUUCCCGAAGGUGAUGUUAAUAAAAAUGAAAUUGAGGUUGAAAACCCUGUUAGAAUGGGUAAUAAUACAUCUCAUAUACAUGGAGUUAGCAGAAAUUCGCUGGCAGGAAAUAUCAAAAAGAAGGAGACGCCUGCAUCCAAACCCAUAAAUACUUUACUAAACAUCACUGAUUCAAAUCCUGAGAUUAAAGUGAUAAAACAUAAAAAGAAUAAGGAUAGCAUAACGGUCAUUGAAAAAGAUGAACCAGAUACAAUAUUAUCUAAAUCAAUGGAAUAUUUAAAAGAAAACUUAAAGUAG